AUGAUACUGAAGAAACUAGCAGAGAGUGAAAGAAACCCUAACGCUACCUUAUACAUCGGGAACACCCCAGAAGAACUAGAUGAGCAUCUCCUAUACGAACUACUUGUGCAAGCCGCUCCUAUCAAAAACAUCAAAAUCCCCAAAGACAGAAUCACAGGCUUGCCCCAGGGUUAUGCCUUUGUCGAAUUGAAGGUUGUUAACGAUGUUGAGUAUGUGGUUAAUGUCAUGAAUGGGAUAACGGUAUUUGACAAGUCUUUGAAAAUUAGAAAAGCCAACACUAACCAAACAUCAAAUAAUAAUCUUGGACAGAGCUCUCUCCAGGAUUUACAAGACUCAUCAAAAAUCAUUGAUAUUGGGGCAAAUAUCCAUAUUUCCAACCUAGAUCCAUUAAUGGAUGACAACUUACUUAUCUCAACAUUCUCGAAUUUUGGUCAGUUGGCAAAACCUCCUCAUAUAGUUAGGAACAAUGCCACGGAGAAUAGCACUGGAAAUUGUUUUGCAUUCAUAAGCUUUACUGACUUCGAAUGCAGUGAUAAAGCAAUCAAAAGCAUGAAUGGGCAGUAUCUUAUGAAUAGAGUUAUAAAAGUAGACUAUGCUUUCAAAAAAGGAAAUCAAAAGGAAAAACACGGAGAUAAAAUUGAAAGAGAGUUGGCAAAAAGAGCGAAAUCUAACCAUUAUGAAAUGUAUUAG